GGUUCAGCCCAUCACAUACAGCUGGACCAGAGCAGAGACUCGCUCUCCUAUCAGCCGCAGUGAAACCAAACAUGUGGACGAAAAUGGAGCCCUGCACAUUUCCAGAGUUCAGCAUUCGGAUGCAGGAGAGUUCGUCUGUACUGCUGAGAACAGAGCUGGACGCCACCAGAGACACACAGUCCUCACUGUCACAGAGCUCUAUUGUUAGCGAAGAUCCUCAUGUUUCAGCUGAGCAGAACCUUCAACCAGCUCAUCAUCCCCAUCUGAUGGCUCAGCAAAAGUUAACAACUUGUUUCAGCUGCAGCAACACAACCUCAUCUCCAGCUUUUUCAAGAAAAUUCACAGCUGAGUUAAAGGCGCCACCGUCGAGACCUGCUCAGAUUUUGGAGGAAGUGAUCCAGCCAGUCCAGCAGCUUGUGGUUACACAGAUGCAGCCUCCAAUAUUACCGCCUCCGCCGCAUCCAAACUUCCUGUCAGGAGAUCUCAACCCCAAACUUCCUCUGGAAAAAGAUCAACAUUUAACUCCCACUAGUCGACCACUCAGUUCAACUCUGGAAGCUUCCAGUCAGGGUUUCAGUCUAACAUUGACGUCGCCACAUCGAUUUCUGCAAUCUAAAGAAAAUAAUGAGCCUCCAACACAAAUUUCUGUUUCCCAGAUAAAAAAUAAAUCUUCUGAUUCAGUGAAAGUUACUUCAGAAGGGGAAUCGUAUCAUUUAAAACCACAUUCUUUCCACCAAAGGAAUAUCCUCUCCAAAAAUGAGACAUCGUCACAAAUUUCUCCAAAUAAACCAACUGCUUUGCACUUUUCAGCUUCUCCCCAACAAACAACUCACUGGCCUGCCACACCAAUGAGUUUUCUCCCAAAGUUUCAUCUUGAAAGCCCCGACAUGCAACUUCCACCAUCUUUAAUCACCAAACCUCCGCCCUUACAGUUUGAAGAUCGACCCACAGCAGCAACGUUAAACCCUUUACCAUCUCAACAGCCCCUCCCAGUAUCAGACCCAGUAAACACCAGUCAUGUGUACUGGUUGAAUCAGGUGAACUCCACACAGAAAGAUCAACCAUCCAAUAGCACCAAGCUGACAGACUGGAAAAAGAGGAACACCUCCCAGUCCCCAAUGACCAGCAACGAUCCCAUAGGAACUCAACAGUCGCCAUCAUGGCUGCCUGCACUUGAGAAACAUGACAUCCCCAUUGUGGUGGGAGUCGGCAUAUCCCUGGCUUUUAUCUUCAUAACCGUCACAUUUUAUUCAGUCGUCCAGAAGAAUGAACCUUUACCUGCAGGUCGAGCAGCUCAAAGGAAUCUUGGAGUCCCAAAAAGACACGCUGACCACCAAGCUGCUGGACACACGUAUGAAAACAGAGCCUUUGAGGAUGAUGACUCUGUGAACGUGAUUGAGCAGAGCCCCAACACGUCAGAUACACGGGCCCGACCUCCAGGGCCCAGCCUGGUCAUUGUGCAGAUGGAGCCAACGUUUGAGGAGAUUCAAGAUGUCUGCCACCCCGCAGUGGACCACUACUCAGUGACUGUGGAGACUCAUCCUGAGCCCAUUGUUGACACCAAGAUUGACUCGUCGCUGGAGGAAGAUAAGAGACGCAGUUUGUCACCCCCCAGCAUCCAGCUGCAGUCCACUGAGGACUGGACGAGCAUCUCAGGGGACAACCACAGCCCCUGCCAGGACGCCUUUCCCCCUCCGUCCUCUUUACCCUCUCGCUCCCCGUCCCCGCCCUCCAGACGAGAAGAAGACGCUCUACACUCCUCUGUAACGCUGCGCAGCUCGGAGCCUGGUGCCGCUCCCGUCCACCACAGCCUCAGCAUCUCACACGGCAGCCCUCCUCUACUCGUCUCUCAUCACGUCUCUCUGGGCCUCACCUCUGUUGCUGUUGACGUCCAGGUCUAUCCUGCAGCCUCUGCUUCAACGGCAGUAAGCAGCAGCACUCACAUCAACUCGGCUUCGAACUCAGCCUCUGUGACUGCGCCGUUGUUUAGUCCUCUGUUGUUCAACAGCCAGGAGAACGACGAUCGAUCGACGGGCAGGUCACAUAAGAGUAAGUAGGUUCUGACAGAUGUUUGACCAAGGAGGAGACUGUGAGCAAAUGGAUCUUAUCAUAAAUAAACUGUAAAUACUUGGUAUUAGAGCUCAAACAAUUAAUUGUAUUAAUUAAUCAAUUAUUUAAGUAAUCGCCAACCAAUUUAGUAAUCGAUUAAUCAUUAACUGGAGAAUAUAGGUUCUAAAAAAGGCCAUUUGCUGAAAGAACAACAUUCAAACCAAAAUCUGCACAAAAAAUUUAUAUAUUUUGCAUUUAAGAAAAUAAAAAAACCUCCUCAAGUCACGUAGUU